CUUUCCAAGUAAAAAAAAAAACGAAAAGGAAUUAAAAAAAAACGCGAACCGACUGCGCGAGUAGCACGCUGAGCAUUCGCCUCUCUCCCCUUCUCGGUUGCUCUCGAUCUGCGGCGGCGAGAUGGCCGACGGCGGGAAGGCGGCGACGCCGGAGAAGAAGUCGUGGGCCGACGUGGAGGAGGAGGAGGAGGCCAAGGCCAAGGCCGCCGCGGAGGCCGAGGCCGCCUCGUCGUCUUCGACGAGCGCGCCGGCGGUGGACGCGCAGGCCAAGCAGAUUGAGGCGCUCUCGCUCUCCGUGCCGGAGGAGGAUGGGGCCGGCGGCGGGGCGGGGGACGACCAGGGCCCGCCCCUCCUCGACGACUCCGAUGAGUCCCAAAUCCAAGCCGUGACGUCGGGAGGCACGGUGUAUGAGUCGGCGGCGGCCUUCGAGGAUCUGAAGCUGACGCAGGAGCUGCUCAAGGGGCUGCACGACGAGAUGGGGUUCAGCCGCCCGAGUAAGAUCCAGGCGGUCACUCUCCCCAUGAUCCUCACGCCGCCCUACAAGGACCUGAUCGCGCAGGCGCACAACGGCUCCGGGAAGACCACCUGCUUCGUCCUCGGCAUGCUCAGCCGAGUCGACCCUAACCGAAGGGUCCCGCAGGCCAUCUGCAUCUGCCCCACCAGGGAGCUCGCCCAGCAGAAUAAGUCAGUGCUUAUGAGAAUGGGAAAAUUUACUGGCAUUACCUGUGCCUGCGCAAUCCCACCGGCUCAGAAAGAUUAUGUGCCGAUGGCCAAAAUGCCAGCGGUUACUGACCAGGUGGUGAUCGGCACUUCUGGGACGCUUAUGAAGUGGAUUAAUCAUAAGAAGCUAGCAACAAGGGAUAUCAAGAUACUUGUAUUUGAUGAGGCAGACCAUAUGCUUGCCGAGGAUGGCUUCAGGAGUGAUUCUGAAAGGAUUAUGAGGGAUAUACAAAGAAGCGCUGGUGGCUGUCAGGUGCUUCUCUUCUCUGCGACGUUCAACGAGAGAGUUAAAGAUUUUGUUACAAAGGUCAUUAAGGACGGAAAUCAAAUAUUUGUGAAGAAGGAAGAGCUUACUUUGGAAAAAGUCAAGCAAUAUAAAGUUCAAGUCCCUAACGAAAGGGCCAAAAUAGAUGUCAUAAAGGACAAGAUUUUUGAGUUUGGACAAAAAGUUGGUCAGGUUAUAAUAUUUGUUAGAACAAAGCAAAGUACUAGGGAUGUCCACAAUGCUUUGACAUUAGAGGACUAUGUAUGCUCCUCGAUUCAAGGAUCCCUUGACCAAUCAGAGAGGGAAAAGAUAAUACAGGAAUUCAAAAAUGGGUACACCAAGGUUCUUAUAUCAACUGAUGUUCUUGCUCGAGGUUUCGACCAAGCACAGGUUAACCUCGUUAUCAAUUAUGACAUGCCAAUCAAGUUUGGCACAAGAGAUGAACCUGAUUAUGAGGUGUACCUGCACAGAAUUGGCAGAGCUGGUCGCUUUGGCCGAAAAGGAGCUGUUUUCAACUUGCUGUGUGGAGAAACAGAUAACACUGUGAUGAGAAAGAUUGAGGACUACUUCCAGCACAGAGUACCUGAGGUUCGCAAUUGGCAAAGCGAGGAAGAUUUUGAAAGAGCUCUUAAGGAUGCUGGCCUGGUUGAGUAACGCAUAAGUCGUGCUCUUCCUUUGGACGAAAUGGCACAUGAUUUACCAGCUGCCACAGCAAACAGUCAGAGCUUCUUGAGCUCAUCCUAGGUUGUUUUAUAGCGAAGGUUGUAUGUUAAGAGUUGUGAAUUAUCGUUAAAUGAACUCCUUCCAACAAUUUUGAUGCUAUGAGCUUAUACGGAGCAAAGGUGUUCCUUCGCUAUUUGGUGGGAGUAGCGCCCGUUGCCGUUGCCAGUACUAGGGUUACACAUUUUUAUGUUACAUCGUGUACUUAAACUGGAACCUGUUUGGUUUAUUUAGGGCUGUCUCGUGUCGUCGAGAUGCCUGUACCGGUGUACGUUACGUCCUUGUGAAAAACUGGAAAGAUCAUUCUGCGUCA